CGCGUGAGGAGGUGUACAAGAUGACGGCUGAGAAGUUUGAGAAGGACGUGGCGUACAUCCUGCAGUGUGAGGACAGCUGGGUGGGGCAUGCCGUGGUCGCUAGGGACGACAGCGACGGGGCGUACCAUUUGGGCACUGUGAAGGAGAGAGUAGGUAAUGGCCGUCAGUACGUGGUACAGUGGGCGGAUGAGUCCCUGCAGGUCCAGAGCUCCUCGUGUAUCUUUGGAGCCUUCACCAAGCGGCACGCGCUGGCGCUGGGAGACCGUGUUCUCGCCGUGGCAGACCCCGUCGCCCUUGUGUACCUGCCCGGCUGGAUCACAGGAACCAACGGACAGAAACUGGUGGUCAAGUUCUGCAAUGGCACAACGUCUGCCCACAUCAACCCCCGGCAGUGUUUCUGGCUGUCCCAGGAGUACUUUGACAUUGCCGUCAAUUUCUGGAAGACCAAGCAAACGGCUUCGUAAAGUUCAAGAUUCAAGCAUCUGCCUGCAGUUCUACAACUACCCUCUAGGUGGUGCUGUAGUACCAUCGCUACUGAUGCAGACUGCCUGCUUUGAGAUUACACAGUGUUUGAUUUAGAUGUUAGGAAACUUGAAACACUUACCAUGGCCAAGUAACAAACAAGAAUCAGGAAAUACCUCCAGACCUCUGGUCAGUGCCAAAAAACAUGUUUGUGUAUACAGUUAUGCCGAUGAAGGUUUAGAA